UACCCGCGCUAGGGUGAUCUCACUCGCAUGUGUUGACGUCCUGGGUGUUGAUGACGUGUGUUGAUCUUACUCGCGCCUGUUGACGUCCUGGGUGUUGGUGACGUGUGUUGAUCUUACUCGCACCUGUUGACGUCCUGGGUGUUGGUGACGUGUGUUGAUCUUACUCGCACCUGUUGACGUCCUGGGUGUUGGUGACGUGCGUUGAUCUUACUCGCGCCUGUUGACGUCCUGGGUGUUGGUGACGUGUGUUGAUCUUACUCGCGCCUGUUGACGUACUGUGUUGACCUCGCUCGCGCCUGUUGACGUACUGUGUGUUGACCUCGCUCGCGCCUGUUGACGUACUGUGUUGACCUCGCUCGCGCCUGUUGACGUACUGUGUGUUGACCUCGCUCGCGCGUGUUGACAUACUCGAAUGUCUUGUCUUCCAUGCAUGAAUUUAAUUAAGUUUGGUGUACAAAUUGAGAUGUUGUAGAUAGUGUUUGUGCGAUUUAACUGAUAAUAUCACUACGCUUCUCAAGGCAAGAAGAUUGACUGAUCAAGAAGGAGCCCUUAUUCUAAAGAGCGGUGGUGAUGGCGUCCACGGAGACUCCCUUCAACACCACCGACCUGCUUGGUGAAGGAGCGGUGGUGAUGGCGUCCACGGAGACUCCCUUCAACACCACCGACCUGCUUGGUGAAGGAGCGGUGGUGAUGGCGUCCACGGAGACUCCCUUCAACACCACCGACCUGCUCGCUAAAGGGGUUCCGGAGCGUGACCUGGACGUGCCCCGCCAAAUGGUAAUCAUUGCCUUAUCCAUGGUGUUCCUGGCCAUCUUUCUGUGGGUCCGUAAGCACUGGAAGCACUGGAAGCGCUGCGAGUGCUCCUCGGGCACUGAAGAGGUCAUCCCGGCCGCCAAGAGUUUUGGCACCUUCGUCGGCAUCCUCACCAUGACAGCAACGUGGGUGGGAGGUGGCUACAUCAACGGGUCGGCCGAGGCGGUGUUCAGUAGUGGCCUAAUAUGGUGCCAGGCGCCCUUUGGUUACGCCAUCAGCCUCACCCUAGGAGGAUUGUUCUUCGCCGGGAAGAUGAGGGAGGCGCGCUACAUGACCAUAUUGGACCCGCUACAGGACCGCUACGGGCCUCGCUGGGGCGCUAUGCUGUAUCUGCCCGCGCUGGUCGGGGAGACCCUCUGGUCAGCCUCCAUCCUCGCUGCCCUCGGGUCGACGCUGGCCAUCAUCGAGGACUUAAACACCACGGUCUCCAUCUUUUUGUCGGGCGGCGUCGUUGUAGUGUACACGCUCUUCGACGGCUUCCACCCCGUCGCCUACCCCAAUGCACACAGAGACGUCGUCCAGCUCUUCUCCAUCUUCCUGGGCCUGUGGCUGGCGGUGCCCUUCGCCAUGAGUAACGAGGCCGUGGGCUCCCUUAGCCCCAGCGUGACGGACUGGUUGGGCUCCAUCUCCGCGGACACGCCCUGGCUCUGGGGCGAGUGGACGGACUUCGCUGUGCUGCUCAUCUUCGGGGGCAUCCCCUGGCAGGCGUACUUCCAGCGUGUGUUGUCAGCCCGGACCAGGAGGCAGGCGGAGGUGCUAUCCUACGCGGGCUCUGUGGGCUGCUUCCUGAUGGCGGUGCCAGCCUGCUUCAUUGGUGCCAUCGCUAAGGCCACCGAUUGGCCGAGGACCACCUAUGGUGCUGAUGUGGCCGCUGACGACCAGAAGCGGAUCCUCCCACUCGUGAUGCAGCACCUCACACCUGCGUGGGUGAUGGUAGUGGGUCUGCUAGCUGUCGGCUCCGCCUUCAUGAUGUCGGCGGACUCCUCCAUCCUCUUCGCCUCCUCCAUGUUCGCCAACAACAUCUACAAGAACGUCAUCAGGCGCUCGGCCAGUGACUGGGAGGUGCUGAUGGUGAUGCGAGUGUCGGUGGUGGUUGUUGCAGGCGCCGCUACGGUGGUGGCCAUCAAGAGCAACUCCAUCUACGUACUCAUGUAA